CAGCUGGAUCGAUCCACUGCAGCAACACUGCGCUGACACACCUCAACCAAGGCGCCCAUCGCUUUAAAUAUUCAGUAGUUCCACCUGCUUUGCCUUUGCCGUUCAUUCCAGUAAGCGAAUAGCUUACUAUAGUGGUGGCCUGCACUCCACUAGAUGAGGUCGUGUACACAGCUGCAAGCUGUCAGGAGUAUGAAUCUUUUUUACCUCUGGCUGGAUAUAUAUAUGACAUUUGUUGCAUAGAGUGCAUUUUCCUGGAUUGUAUUAUUAUCUUGUCUGUGCCGGCAUAGUUGUAAACUCUGCUGAAGAGUGCAGAGCAACUGAGAAACCGACAAUCUAGCAGACUGACUAGAGAUACGUUAGGAAUCUCAGAAAAUGCAUUGAAGAGCAAGAUAAAAUGGAUUUAUUCUGACUUUGCCAGGGCUUGUGAUAGCCCAACAUCAAGGAUUUCUCGUCUUCUGAUGCUGAAAGAAGGUUGUGACAAUGGCGAACAACGUGGAGGAAGAUAUUAUCACCCCGACCAAGGCCGCAAAUGUCAAUGUGGCCAUGAGAGGUGGGAUCCUAGCUUCGUUAAGCGAUGAAGAGUGCGUGUACCUCAAUGCAGCUGAACUCGGGGAGAUUGACAUCGUCCGCGAAUGUCUGGAAAAACCCGAACUUAAUGUCAACUGUUUGGAUUACAUGGGCAGAAAUGCCCUCAUCCUUGCCAUUAAUAACGAGAACUUGGACUUAAUAGACUUACUGUUAGACCGGCUGAACUUCUGUGCCAUAGAGGAUGCUCUUUUACACGCCAUCAGUAAAUGCAAGGUGACAAUUGUCAAGUUAAUCAUUGACCAUGACCAGUACCUCGCUGGCGAAGCAAACAGGGAUAGCCUGACUGGCGAGAGGAGUCAGUUCUCCCCAGAUAUCACCCCGCUCAUCUUAGCAGCGCAUUACAAUAGCCAUGAGGUUAUACAAAUGUUCUUAAGCCGGGAGCACACAAUUGAGAAGCCUCACACAGUGUUAUGUAAAUGUGACGAGUGUGAAACUGGACGGUCCAUUGAUAGGUUGGAGUUCGAGAGGUCUAGGUUGAAUAAGUACAAGGCGUUUGCUAGUCCUGCUUACAUGGCCCUAGCGAACAAUGAUCCCAUCUCAGCUGUGUUCGAACUUCGACAAGAUCUGAGGACGAUGGCAGAGUAUCAGCAGGAGUUUAAGAACGACUAUGAGGUUCUCGUACAGCAGUGCAUGGAGUUUGCCUGCGACAUCCUCGACCUUUGCCGGUCAGGGAGAGAGGUUGAUGCGUUGAUGACCUGCGAGUACGGCCCAGAGGGAGAGCCGAAAGUCACUGAUCCACUAGGGACGUUGAGGAUCGCCAUGGCUUAUGAGGAAAAGAAGUUUGUCAGCCAUCCAAAUUGUCAACACCAGAUUUCUUUGCUGUACUACGGAGAGGCCAUAUUCCUUCAAGAGUGGAGCGUCCUGAAACAAUUUCUUCACCUACUGCUUAUCCUACCGUUAUUGCCUGUUUUGUGUAUUAUUUACAUUAUCAACCCUGAAGCAAAGUUCCUGCGGUAUCUCAGAUGUCCAGUGGUGAAGUUCAUCAACAGUACGUUUUCCUACGUGGUAUUUCUCGCGCUCCUGACCGUAGCUACAUUCACCCGUGAUGUCGAGAUACCGGAGGGCGACACGACUGAUCUGAACUGGGAGGCAAAAGCCAAGGUUCUGUUCAAGUACGACUUUAGGAAUGAAGUACAUCUCAUCUCUAACGUGCAGAUACUUCUAAUUUUCUGGAUCGUUGGCCAAUUCGUCAUAGAAAUCAAACAAGUCUAUAUCAGCGGGUUAAAAGAUUACUUCUCAAAUCUGUACAACUUUGUUGACUCCGCUGGUAUCUCCAUCUACAUCGCAUCCUAUGUCCUCCGUCUCAUCACGGAGUACAAGGUCAGAAAUGUGGCGCAACAAUACGCAUCGAAUAUAACAAGGUGCAAACAGAUCAUGUUCAAUCAGACACUGUUUUAUGAUUCGGACAUCGCAUUUGAGUACCAAAUAAUCACAAGUCAGCUGUUUGACAUUGAGGGGACAUAUUAUUUGAGAGGAACUCGGUUAUGGUGGAAUACGUAUGACCCGCAGAUUGUGUCCGACUGUCUCUUCGCCAUCGCUAAUAUCAUGUCGUUCGUGAGAGUGACCUACAUCAUGGCUGCCUUUGAGAAUCUCGGGCCGCUCCAGCUCUCUUUGGGUAGGAUGAUUGGCGACAUUGGUCGCUUCAUGACAUUGUUCAUUUUGGUUGGUUUUGCUUUUGUGGUCGGUCUUACGAACCUUUACAACAACUACAGCCUCAUCCUUAUCUCCUGGGAGAAGAAUGAAGGCCCAAGCGGGAAAAUGGAGAUGGGAACGACUAUUGAAGGAUUCAGAGCCUUAAGAGCGACAAUGGCUACCCUUUUUUGGGCUAUAUUUGGUAUGGUAGACAUCAGUGUCGCCUACAUUCUAGACGAAGAAGACGCGGUAGCUGCCAAUGAUGGAACUGGGGUAGGCGUUUUUAUGCGAUCCUACAUGAAGAACCCGGAGAGCACGACCAUGAUCACAACCAUUGGCACCAUGUUACUUGGCCUCUACUGCGCGGUCAUGAUCAUCAUCCUACUGAACAUGCUUAUCGCCAUGAUGAGCCAGAGCUUUGAGGACAUUCAGUCCUCUGCCGAUGAGGAAUGGAAGUUUGCCCGCACCAACUUGUGGAUGAGUUACGUGCAAGAGACAGGGACGCUGCCCUCGCCAUUUAAUCUCAUCCCCACCAAGAAGAACAUCUUGUCCUGGUAUUAUUUUCUGAGUGGUUUGUUCCGGUGUCAUGAAAAGGAGGAAGACGAUGGAAAAGAGGAAGAGGAACUGGAGAUGGCUCACGCAGACGAGGACGCCCGGAGAGAGCUGCGUAAGAACCUUGUGCGGCGGUACUUGUUCAAGUUACAGCGAGAAGUCGAGAAUGUAAAGCAAGACAGCACAAUACGCCCUGAUGACCCUGAACCUCCUCCACAGACAUCGCCGCCUCCGACACAUACUGAAAUUGGCGAAGGUGGUGGGAAGCCAUUCGAACUGCCUCCAUUUGGUGACUUCCCACUGCGCAAGAAGCAGAGUAAGGUCAGGCGCCGUCUGCUCAUGGGCAACAGGCCCCCAGCGGGCGAGCGCAGGUUGAGCAAGGUGCCGGAACCGACACCCGCCCCGGAACCAGAACCGGAGCCGGAGCCACCUGUGUUGAGAAUCCCGCUGGCGCAGCAAGAAGCGGUCCCCGCAGUACUGGAAAUGGAUGACGAUGUACCGCUCGAAAUGCCCUACGAUCGCGAUAUGGGUAUACCUGCCUCAAUGAUGAGAGGCAGGAACCCCAUGAACCCCGACUGUAAAUAUGUAUAAGUGCUUUUGAUUUGUAAUUUUGGUUUUGAAAUAUGAUUUAUAACUUUUGUGUAUUAUAAUCUGCAUUAUAAAAGAUUUGAACGCACAACAUCGCUGAGUUUUUUUGCAAUGUCAUGUAUAGCAAUGGCAGGUGGCAACUUAUUGGAAUAGUUUAUUUGUCUCUAAAGCUAUAGCAUUGUUACGGCUGUAUACUCGCAUGCUUCAAGCUACAUGUAUGAACAAUUACAUACCAGUCUCAUACGCCAAGACAUUAACUCCUGAAAUACAAAUUUCUAUCAGCGUUUAACUAAAUGAGUGGCAUCUUUGUUUAUCCUUUCUUUCUACUUCAAGGGUACCACUGGAUGGGUCAUUAUUGAUGCCAUAAUCUCGGCAGCUGCUUCAAUCACUAUUCAAAAGCAUUGACGAAGUUUAAGCACUAUUCCCUUUUGUUUUUAUGUACUUUGCAAGUGAUGACCCUUCUAACGAAGUACAUGUAAAUGCUUAGUUCUAGCUGAGAAUUUGCAGUAUGUCUGGCACGUUUUAUUUGUCGAAUGAUUGAAAGGAAUGGUACAUGUAUGGAGAAGGAGGAGCUUUUUGUGGCUCUAGGUUCAGAAAUGGAGUAGUAUCGAAAAAUUAGUUUAGGGCUAAAAUCAAACAAACCAUACCACAUGCAUCACGUGCGAAAAAUUACAUGUAGCGUCCACUGUCGGCUACAUGAUGUAGCUGAGUGACACUUCUGGUAGGCUUUUACUGAAUGCAGCACAACAAAUUCGCAUGAAUUUCAGAACGCAUUUUUGGAGCAGUGCGACGAUGAGUUACGGCAUAGCACUGCGGCAUGCGAUGUCACAGUUGUGUUUAGUGCAGAAACAUUAGGGCGUAUGGAAUGUCGAUAUAUGUAUAGUUCAUAUUUAAUGUUAGAUUCUAAUGCAAAAUACAAUGUACACGUAUUUUCAUGUAUCAAAAGUAGGUUGAAUUAUAUAAUUAUACUAUAUUAAUAUGGACUUCGAAGAGAGGCGUUGUACAGUACAUUUCAUGCGUGAAUAUCGCAUGUAUUGUGGUUUUUAAUUUUAAAGCCGUUAUAUUUAUUACUGUGAGCAUUAUUGACGCUUGUUAGGGUGUGCAUUGUUAAACUACCUGUGGUGUGUGAUUUUGAUACAAUGCAUGCGAAUUAGAACACAGGCACGUGCAGAUAUACUCGUAAUCAGUAAAUCUUGAUCGCUGUUCUAGGCAUGAGUGUACACCACUGCACAUAAAGAGGAGGCUAUGUCUAUUUUUUUAAGUUAUGUGUGCUGGUGUUCAUUGUCUGUAUGGGUUGUGUUCCAGUUGCUUGGAAUUGAAUAUUGAUUGAUUUUGGUCGAUUUUGGUAUCUUCCCGUGCCUGUGACUGAUAGACAGGCAGGGCACGAUAUUGAGAGUCUGUAAGUUUUCUGCAGGAACAGUUACAGCAGCGCGAGUAACAGCAAUUUUACACUCCAAAGCUAAUUUUACCUCCAGUAUUAUGCUAAAUAUUAUCUUCUCAGGAACUAGUUCUAGCUUGUGUGAUCAUAUAACACGGAAAAGACGCGGGUUUUUGGAGAUAUGUAUGAAUCCGUAUACUGUACGUAAUAUACCCUUGUGACCGUCACCAUUUUUUUGUUAAAUGCAAUAAUUGUGCUAUAUUGUCACAUCAAUCACAGGUUUAGAACCUGUAUAACAACCACACCUAGUUUUUAGACGUUUUCACUGUGUGAAAAGCGCUCUCUCUUUUAUUCUUGAGAGUUCAGAGCUGAAAGUUAAUCACUUUAGUUAGUACAUCUCUAGGGUAAAUCAAGAUACACGUUUGCGAGAACUGCGAAAUGCCUACAUUUAUAAAGAUACAACAUUUUGGUCCACCUUUGAUUACAUAUUUUUGUUUUUAUAAAAAGUUUUGGGUAUACGUGUAUAAGUGAGAUGAGAAAGAUAGUUUAAGCAUCUUGAUCUGUUCCUGGGUUUCUUGCUCAAACAAAGUUGUCAAAUUGUACAUUUCUUUUACUUUAUGUUUGCGCUUUCUAUAUCUUUCCAUUUGCCAUUUGAUACGCAGCAACUGAAGAUUUCUAUCUAUAGAUUAAUAAUAUUUAACCUUGCUACAUAAA